AUGGCGAAGAACUACCCAGUUGUGAGCGAAGAAUACAAGACGGCUAUUGUGAAGUGCAGGAGGAAGCUCAGAGGCAUGAUGGCUGAGAAGAGCUGUGCACCAAUCAUGGUCAGGAUCGCAUGGCACUCUGCUGGAACAUUCGACUGCGCCUCAAAAACUGGAGGCCCCUUCGGGACAAUGAGGUUCGAGGCUGAGCUAGCUCAUGGAGCCAACGCUGGUCUCGACGUUGCUGUUAGGUUGUUGGAGCCCAUCAGGCAGCAAUUCCCUAUCAUCUCCGUUGCUGACUUCCACCAGCUUGCUGGUGUUGUUGCUGUUGAAGUCACCGGUGGUCCUGAAGUUCCAUUCCACCCCGGAAGAGAGGACAAGCCCGAGCCACCACCAGAGGGACGUCUUCCUGAUGCAAACCUGGGUUGUCCCCACUUGAGAGAUGUAUUCGUUAAGCAGAUGGGCUUGACUGACAAGGACAUUGUCGUUUUAUCUGGAGCACACACCAUUGGAAAAGCUCACGCGGAUAGGUCUGGCUUCGUAGGUCCCUGGACAUCAAACCCUCUCAUUUUCGACAACUCUUACUUCAAGGAACUGUUGAGCGAAGACAAGGAAGGCCUUCUUAAGCUUGCCACUGACAAGGCGCUAGUUGAUGAUCCCGUUUUCCGUCCUUUGGUUGAGAAAUACGCUGCUGACGAAGAUGCGUUUUUCGAGGAUUACGCCGAGGCUCACUUGAAGCUUUCAGAGCUUGGGUUUGCCGAUGCAUGA